AUGAUUCUACAACGAGCACUGAAACAGGUAGCAGUGGGCGUCUUUGCACUGGCUUACUUGCAGAGCGCCAGCUGUCUAACAGAGAAAGAAGUGCUGACAAUAAAAGACUACUGGGCGAAAAAGCUAGAAUGCAUGAAAACAGAGUUCAGAAUCCGCAGUGACUUCCUCAGCAAAGUCAGGACUUUCAAGUGCAAGGAAAUACCGUCAGCUGUUAUCAAGGAAGACAUAGAAAUAGGGCUGUGCAAUCUGUCCAGCAUACAGCUAGAGCUUUUGGCUUUCAAUCAGGCUGUAAAAGAGAUAAAAAGUGGAGUAAAGGCCAUAAUGAGUUUAAACAUCCAAGGAACAUGGCCGUUCAAGCACCCCAGCACAAACAUACCUCCCCUGGAGCUGAAAGCGGCGUACGACAACUUCGAAAAAAUGCUUCCACCCGUCCUCUACAUGGGCGAUUCCGUAAUUAUCGAAAUAAAAAAGUUUGACUCGCACAUGCUGGAGACAAUCGAGAAGUACAGCAGAAUGAAAGACAACAACACAAAAAUACAGGAAAUGACUCUGUUUAAGCUGGCGAAAAAUGAUAAACCGCUGGCAGUGGAUCUGCUGUAUGCUUUCUUCAAAAUAGACGAGUCCAUACCCAAAAAGCACAAGAUGAAAAAAGCCCUGGACUACAUAUCCAAGAAAAUAGGCAACUACGUUUUUGCCAUGGAUUUCUCGAUCUACAUUAACACGAUAAAAGAGUCUAUAGAAAAGGGAGACUUGGAUCUGCUGAAGCUGGCAAACAACAACAUACAUCUGCUAUUUAACGCGUACGGAUCCACCGCAGAGGCAACGGACAUUUAUCUCAGACUCAUGGAGGAAAAAGUCCCUGUGGCUGAUUUGGAAAAAUGCAUGAACAUCACGCCGGGACAGGCUAUGAAGGUGAUAAUGAUAGAGUGCGCGUUUACGAUGAGCGGGAGUCUUAUGGACUACAGAAGAAACAGCUUGCUUUCCAAUCUUGGAAAAAUAAUAGCAGAGGUGGGAAGGCCAGAUAAAAGAAAAGAAAACACAGAAGAAGACGGAAAAAUAGCAAAAAAACGGCAGGAUGAAAUACUUGAUGCCCUCGACAUCCUGUGGAACGAUCUUGACAUGCCCAAAACAGAGAUAGAAACGAAAAACAUUAAGCGGUUCUUGAGCAAAAAUCGCAUAGACAACUGUGACUUUAAAACCACACAGGACAGUUUUCUCUCUGUGAAGUGGAUGUAUACACUGAACGACUUCACUGCAACGCCAGACAAGCUGACUAAUAGCGAGCACACGUUUUUCAAGGAAAUGCACUUUGACAUGGCCUACACCCACCCCAUGCCGUAUAUUUACCAGCGGUGCGAGGACAUGAGCAAUUUAGUCAAGAAGGAUCUGGAGCCCAAUGCACGCCCCUUCAUUUCCAUAUCUCCUCAGGGCAUUACUCUUAGGCCAUACAGAGUAAGCAAAGAAGAUGAAGAUUCCACGCACGAGAAGAAUGUCAAAGAGUGCAUCAAGGCAUGGUUCCUAGGAUUCGUUGUGCUCAUCAGCAGAGAAGAAGACGGCCAAGAGUAUUACGAUGACGUGGUCAAGGUUUUUGAAAAACAUCUGAAGAAGUCCCAGGGCAUAUUUGGAGUGAAGAUACUGCCUGAAAAGAAAGCCAACUCAGAGAAGAACGAAAUUGCUGCACUGGACAACUGA